GGCGUUAUUUUGAUAGCUUUCUUCCCGGCAGUGCUCUGGAGCGAAACGUGUAAACGCUCUGUCCUUCUCGAGGUCACAAUGGCUGAUAAAGCAGGCGACCUGCCCGGGAAGGAUGCGGGGGGAGAGGAGCGCGCAGAGCGGGCAGAAGCAGGCAGUGGAGCCGGAUCGGAGGAGGCCGGAAGACCCCCCAUGACCGAAGCCCAGAGGGUCGUCCUGGAGAGAUGCAUCCGAGCCCUGAAGGAGGCCACGAAGGACAGCCAGACCCUCGCUGCUCUCCUGCUGAUCACUCGCCUGUGUCCGGCCAACGACCUGGACAAAGACACGCUGCGGCGGAUCUUCGAGGCGGUGGGCCUCAGCCUCCCGGCGCGGCUCCUGGUGACGGCCUACAGGAGGAGCGAGAGCUCCAGCCUGUCGCCGCUCGACCUGCUGUCGCUGGGCACGGCGCUGCUGUCGGCCCUGAGCACCGACUCGGAGAUGGCGGAGCACCCCCAGCUGCUCACCACCGUCCCCAUCCUGCUGGGCCUCGUGGCCAGCGGCCCCAUGCUGGAGGACCCCGCCUCCGGGACCGAGGCCACGUCCUGCGGCGCCGCAUCGCCUGGAGACGCUGAGACGGGAGCCGACGGCGCCGCAGCAGCAAGCACAGCGUCCGCGUCCAAAGAAACUCGCGGCGGCGGUGGCCGUCUGGACGAGGCCAUGGCCGCCGACUGCUACCAGGUCCUGAUGGCGGUGUGCGCCUCGCCCAGGGGGCCGGACCACCUGCUGAGCAGGGGCGCCGUGCCGGCCCUGUGCCAGGCGGUGGAGAGGAAACAGACUCUGAGCCGCGAGAAGGGGCUGCGCCUGCUGGGCGGCCUCCUCACGGGGAAGACCCGGGAGCGGGCGUGGCGGAAGCACACGGUGGAGCUGCUGGGCCUGCUGCUGCGGCUGUGCGGGGACUUCGCCCAGGCGUCCCCGGACGCCCGGCUGGACUCGUGCUCGCAGCUGGUGCGGUUCCUGCCGACGCCGGUGGUGGCGGCGAGCAGCGGCGAGCUGAAGGAGGCGGUGGGCCGGGUGUGGACGGCGCUCAGGCCCAUGGUGCAGUCCAGGCUGACGGCCCAGAUGCUGGGGCCCGUCCUGGUCCUGAGCGCCUGCCUGCUGGACCUGUACGGCUGGCAGCCGGUCGGGCCGCCCAACUUCUGCUGCCUGCUGGUGAACCGGGCCUGCGUGGAGGUCCGGGUGGGGCUGGAGGGACCGCCGGGCACCGAGCUGAGCUCCGAGCUGCAGCAGACGCUCGCAGGUUGUUACCGGAUCAUGGAGGCGGCCUUCGAGCAGGCCUGCUGCCAGCGGGACGCCGAGCCGGACGCCGAGCCGCAGAGCUCGGGCCCGUCGCUCAGCCUGCAGCAGAGCCGGCAGGUCUUCAAGGUGCUGGAGGGGGGCUUCGCCGCGCUCAUGUACUACCUGCAGCAGGUGAACGCCGCUCAGUACGACGACCCCUUCGUCUUCGCCACCUACCGCUGCGUGUGCCUGUGGCUGGCCGAGGAGACGUCCUGCCUGAAGGAGGAGGUGAUGGCGCUGCUGCCCUUCCUGGUGGGCUACGCCCGCAGCCACCUGCAGAGCGCCGCCUCCGGCGAGCAGCUGGCCGCCUGGAUGGAGCUGAUGUCGAUGGACGAGGACAAGGACACCUGGAACGGCCGCGAGGCUCUGAGGUACCUCCUCCCGGCGCUGUGCCACCUCUCGGCGGAGGACAAACCCCGGAAGGUCCUGCUGUCCCUGGACGUGCCGGCGCUGCUGGUGGACUUCCUGUCUCAGAGCUGGAGCUCGCUGAAGGAGAAGAGCUGGGCGGUGCCGGAGCGGAACCCCAGCAUGGAGAGCAUGUGCUCCACCCUGCUCAACUUCGCCGUGACGGAGCCGGACAGGGUCAGGAGCGACCCGUGUUUCCGAGUGCUGGAGGCCCACCUGAGCGACGCCCUGCCCCAGCUGGUGAGCAAGCCCGGCCUGCUGGUGCUGGCGGCCAACUACUGCACCCUGGGACUGAUGAUGGCGAGGCUGAAGACGGCGCCUGCAGGCCGCAUCGAGGCGGGUCAGCGGCGCUUCUUCUCCAUGGCGCUCCGCUUCCUGCGCACCGCCCUGGACUCCAGCGGCGCGCCGGGCCCGGUGCAGGUGAGCGCCACCUGGAAGGAGAGCUGGUACGAGGUGGCGGAGCUGUGGCGGCUGAGCCUGCAGGCGCUGUGCGCCUGCCUGCGGGAGCAGCCGGGCCUGGCGGCGCUGCUGCGGGAGGACGGCUGGCUGCGCCACGUGCUGGACACGCUGCAGCGCUGCAGCGCGCUGCCCGACCCGCAGAGCCAGGCCUCGCUGGAGGAGGUGCUGUGCGCCGCCGCCCGGCUCUGCAACGUCUGCCGGGAGGACGUGGCGGAGGCCGUGAAGAGCCAGACGGGGGCGCUGAGCAGCAUGAGCAGCCUGAAGAAGACUCUGGGCUGAGAGCGACCAAACUGACGCAGACUCGCCGUUUUUCUCCCAGUGAAGGACGUUUUAGGGGAUUUUAACGUAAAAUGUGACUGAAUUCGCUGUUCUGCUUUUAAUAUGCUUAAUAAAGGUAUUUUGUUUACA